CUAGUGUGCAAACGUGUGCCGGAGGGUCUUGGGUGCCUAUAGAUUGAGGAAACCCGAGGGUCUCCUUUUUGUAGAGUCCAUCCCUGGACUGGCCGGCGACUGUGGCCUGAUCCUCUUCAUCACCGGAAUUGUGUUUCCUGUAUAGCGGAAAGAGCCAAUGAACGUGCAACCCGUUGGUGUGUGUGCUCUUGCAACAGAAGCGUCUCUGUGCAAACACAGCUGCCGCCGACUGCGAUCGAGAUAAGGCCUCGAUGUGGGUGUGCGAGGAGGAGGAAACAGCACCCACUCCCAUCCUGCCUGGUUUCUCCCUCUUGGGCUCAGAAGCACCAUCCGCACCCGUGGCCGCCCUCCCCGUGGCACCAGGGCACGGCCAAGUGGUCCAAAACUCCACCAGAUGGGACUGGGCCUGAUCCUUCGGAGGAGGCGAGCAAAGUCCACGGAGACCCUGACGCCUGAGACAAAGGUCCUCCAAGGUCUACAGGAGGAGCCUGAGAUGGAUGGCCGAAAGCCCACCCUAAAAAGCUCCCAGAAGGUUUCCUUGCUCUCUUCCUCGGUGCGAACUGUCAUUCGCCUGCGGCGGACAACCCAACUCCUCAAGAAGGGCGUCCCAUCCAGAGAUCCUCCAUCCAAGCCCCUCCAGCGCCGGCAAUCCUUGGGUAAAGUCAAAGUGGGCAACCAAGCCAACUUCCAGAGUUCCCAGUAUUUUACUUUCGACACCUCUGCACAACCUCCACAAAGCAGCAGCAAGAAGAAGAAGAAGAGACCCAAGAACCCUCGGGUUUUGUACCCGGGAUGUUCUCGGAAAUACCUCCCGACGGAGCACAAGAGCAAAGCCAAGAGGUGCCUCCUCCUCCUGGUUGGCAUCGUCUGCUUCCAGAUCCUCAAUGCCAUUGAGAACUUGGACGACAACGUGGCCAAGUACGAUUUGGACGGGCUGGAGAAGACCAUGCGGAGGGAGGUCUUUGGGCAGGACUUGGCCGUGGAGGGCGUGAUGGGCCUGCUGAAGGACUACUUAGCCACCCACAUCCACAACAAGCCCUUGGUGAUCUCCUUCCAUGGUCCGAGCGGGGUUGGGAAGAGCCACGUGGGAUGGUUGCUCGCCAAACACUUCCGGUCCAUUAUGGGCCACGAAACGGUGCUCCAUUACUUCACCCAGCACCAUUGUCCCGAAGGCGUCCCCGCAAUGUCCUGCCAGUUGGAACUCUCCAAGAUGGUCACCGAGAUGGUCACCCAAGCGGAAGUAGAAGAAAAGAUCCCGUUGUUUAUUCUGGACGAGGUGGAGUCCAUGCCACCCGAUUUGCUGGAGACCCUUGGCAGGUUCUUCCACACCAACCAAACCAACGAGUUCCUCAACGCCGUCUAUAUCCUCAUCAGCAACCUUGGGGCCAAGGAGGUCACCGAUGUUCUUCUCCAGAACGUCACCAUGGACCUCCUUCAGGCCCAGAGGACGGCGGAGCAGCUUCGGACGGUCCUCAGCCCCGUUUUGAGCCAAAUCCACCCGCUUUGGAUGUCGGCGGAGAUCGUCCCCUUUGUGUUGCUGGAGAAGAGCCAUGUCCGGAGCUGUUUCUAUGAGGAGAUGAUGAGCGAAGGGAUCUAUCCGGAUCCCAACCACAUUGAGCGCUUGGUCAGUCAGCUGGGCUAUUACACCAAAGGGGAGCUGGAGUUGGCCGUCACAGGUUGCAAACCAGUUGUGGGCAAGGUGAAUCUGCUUUAAGGAAAGGUGAACAUCUCAGGACAACGUCCUACUUCUCUUUGUUAUUUGGAGAAUGUGUAGAGUGUAUCCAGUUACCGGAAGCAACGUAUUGUUACACGUAAACAAGUAACUGCAUGGUACAUUGAUGGAGACAACGAGUUGUUACAUGAAACACAUUUUUGCAAACAACGAGUUGUUAUAUGGAACACAUUUUUUCAAACAACGAGUUGUUACAUGGAACACAUUCUUGGAUACAACGGAUUGUUACAUGGAACACAUUCUUGGAUACAAUGGAUUGUUACAUGGAACACAUUCUUGGAUACAACGGAUUGUUACAUGGAACACAUUACCAAUUUUUGGUAACAAGGAUGAAACAAAGUGACAUUUCACACAUGCAACAAAAUGUCGGUGGAACACAUUGUUGGUGUAUCAACAUAGUUACUUUUCAACAUUACCAUUUCAGAGUCAUUUCGACCAGAAUGGUUCUUAUUUCUUCUGAAGUUCUUUUCCCAUCAAAAUGGAAACAAGCAAGAGCGACAAAUUACUUUGCAAAUGCAAGCUGCUUUGAGUUUCCUGCAGGAGAGAUAAAGUGGAUUAUAAAUAAAUAUGGUAAUAGUAAUAAUAAUAAUAAAGUGAGAGGAACAAAUUACAGUAGAGUCUCACUUAUCCAACACUCGCUUAUCCAACCUUCUGGAUUAUCCAACACAUUUUUGUAGUCAAUGUUUUCAAUACAUCAUGAUAUUUUGGUGCUAAAUUCGUAAAUACAGUAAUUACUACAUAGCAUUACUGCAUAUUGAACUACAGUAGAGUCUCACUUAUCCAACAUAAACGGGCCGGCAGAACGUUGGAUAAGCAAAUAUGUUGGAUAAUAAGGAGAGAUGAAGGAAAAGCCUAUUAAACAUCAAAUUAGGUUAUGAUUUUACAAAUUAAGCACCAAAACAUCAUGUUAUACAAUAAAUUUGACAGAAAAAGUAGUUCAAUAUGCAGUAAUGCUACGUAGUAAUUACUGUAUUUAUGAAUUUAGCACCAAAAAAAUCAUGAUAUAUUGAAAACAUUAACUACAAAAAUGCGUUGGAUAAUCCAGAAUGUUGGAUAAGCUAAUGUUGGAUAAGUGAGACUCUACUGUACUUUUCAACGUUACCAUUUCAGAGUCAUUUCGACCAGAAUGGUUCGGGGCUUGUGGCAUUCUCUUAUUUCUUCUGAAGUUCUUUUCCCAUCAAAAUGGAAACAAGCAAGAGUGAAAAAUUACUUUGCAAACGCAAGCUGUUUUGAGCUUCCUGCAGGAGAGAUAAAGUGGAUUAUAAAUAAAUAUAGUAAUAGUAAUAGUAAUAAUAAUAAUAAAGUGAGAGGAACAAAUUACUUCCAAAAAGUAACUAGCUGAUGUCAGAUUUUUCCUCCCAGUGAUUAAAUUUGUUUUCAAAUAACGAGAGGAAACUGGGCGUAUAUUUAGGAUUAAAGGAAGCUAUGGACUACUUUUCGUGAUAUGAAGCUGCUUUACUUUGCUCUCCUUCUCCUUGUUGAUCGCAAUAUUGACCAGUUUCUCUUUACAGAAGGAAAUUAAAAAUCUUUGGAAGCAC